AAGAUGGAGAAUGGAGAUAAGGAAUGGGUCUUUGUUCAAAGAAGAAAACGCAAACCUCGUUCAUAUUCUAUUUUUAGUAUAAAGAAGUAGAAAAAGCAGGAAAUUAUGCAAAAAAAAAAAAAACAAAAGUGUGAAAUAAGUAUGACACUGUGACACAUCUUUCUCUUUGGCACAGAACUAGGGUCCACCCUUCUUCCUCUGUCCCACCACCAUCUCUUGAUGUUAUUAUUGAUUCAAUUCAUUCAUUCAUCACGUAACUAUAUAGGAACUAGAAAAGCCAUUUUCACCAUUAUCAAAUCUCCAUCAUCACCUUCAUAAAUAACCUAUUGAUACUACUCUUGUCAUCAAAAUCCACUAACGUCAUGAAAUUGAAUUUGAGAUUUGAAUACCACGAAGGCUCCUGGAACAACUCAAGGGGAAUGCAACUAUUCACAUGCAAAUGGUUGCCUGUUUCUUUUUCUCCCAAGGCUCUUGUUUUCCUUUGUCAUGGCUAUGGAAUGGAAUGCAGCACAUUCAUGAAAGAAAUUGGAGAGAAAUUAGCCUCUGCAGGAUAUGGUGUGUUCGGUAUCGACUAUGAAGGACAUGGACACUCUGCAGGUGUUCGUUGUUACAUAACCAAAUUUGACAACAUUGUAGACGACUGUUCCAGCUUUUACAAAUCAAUUUGCGAGCUCCCUGAGUACCAGGGAAAGGUCAAAUUCUUAUAUGGAGAAUCAAUGGGAGGAGCAGUCUCCAUACUAUUACAUAAAAAGGACCCUUCGUUUUGGGACGGAGCCGUUUUAGUGGCACCAAUGUGUAAGAUUUCAGAGAAGGUGAAGCCACAUCCUAUUGUUGUUAGUAUAUUGACAGGAUUGGAAGAAGUAAUUCCCAAAUGGAAAAUAGUUCCGGCAAAGGAUGUCAUCGAUUCGGCAUUCAAAGUUCUUACAAAACGGGAAACGAUAAGGAAAAACAAGUUAAUAUAUCAGGAUAAGCCAAGGUUAAAAACAGCAUUGGAGUUGUUGAGAGUUAGUUUAAGUGUUGAAACCACUUUACAUGAGGUGACAUUGCCUUUUUUGGUGUUACAUGGAGAGGAAGAUAAAGUGACAGACCCGGAAAUAAGCAUGGCUUUAUAUGAUAGAGCUAGUAGUGUAGACAAGACCAUGAAAUUGUACCCUGGAAUGUGGCAUGGGUUAACAUCUGGUGAGACUGAUGAAAAUAUUGAACUUGUUUUGGGAGACAUAAUUAGCUGGCUGAACAAAAGAGCUAAUAGCAAGGCAAGUUCGGAGUUUUAUAGCAUUCGCACCCCAUCAUCGCUUUAGAGAUUAUAAACAUGCCUUAUUGGCCAUUUUGAAAUAGGGUAAUGUUACACAUAGAGGGUUGUUGUGCUAUAUUGUGGCCAACAACAUAACAUUAUUUCUCUUAGUACAUAAUAUAAUGGAGUCCAAA